AUGCUGAGUGUGGCACGUGCUUCUCCCCCAGGCUCUGUGCAGGUGAUGCACAGAAAGGUCCAGUCAGUUCGGGCAGGAGGAAACGUUACAUUUUCAUGCCAGUCAGUCGCGAAAGAAGAUGUGCUACAGGUGACCUGGCAGAAGGAGACAGAUGGGGUUGAAGACAACAUAGCGACUUACAGUGUGAUGAACGGCCAAAAGAUAGCAAAGGGCUACGUCGGCCACGUGAGCUUUGCCCACACAGAAUUACAAGCCUCAGCCAUCUCACUUCAUGGAGUUACCCUCCAAGAUGAAGGAUGCUACAAGUGCAUCUUCAACACAUUCCCCUUGGGGGCUCUCACCGGCAGGAUGUGUCUCAAGGUUUACGCCAUCUCGGACCCCAAAGUGGAGGCUAAGCUUAUACCCAGUCCAGACAAAGCUGAGGACUCUGAGAAAGUGGUGGGGAUGAGCUGCUCAGCAACAGGGAAACCAGCUCCAAAAAUCACCUGGCACCUUCCUAGUGUCCUGCAGCAGAAACCAAGGGAGUACCAUGUCCUGCUUGGCAACCAGACCGUGACUGUCAUCAGCAAUUUCACUCACACCUACUCCAGAAUCCUCCAGGAGUACCCCAUCGCCUGUGAAAUCCAGCACCCCUCUCUAAAUGUGACCCUGGUUCUGCCCACAGACAGCCUGGUGCAGGGUCCGGACAGCCCGGAUAGCAGUGUGGCACCUGCCAUUGUCAUUGCAGUGGGAGUGCUGGUCCCCCUGACUUCCCUCCUCCUUCUUGGCUGCCUCCUCCACCGCUGCCUCAGGCACCUACGUGACCCAGAGAGAAACCCAGCCUGGCCAUGCUGGACCCAGGAAGGAGAAAUGAGGUCGUCCAGUUGGUGUGGUUUUGUGGAGAGCAUUAAGGCAGACAGUACAGGCUGCUUCCUCUCGGCUUCCCGGAAGGAGUUUGCUGUUUUGGUCGAUUUCAAGAACCCCGGAGAUAAAAAGAAAACGGGGUGGGGAACUCCUUUGCAGCCAGGUCCAGCGGCAACGCAGGGUUAG